CACUUUCUAUUCUCAAGACAUCAACAAGGACAUAAUCAUCAACACGAAGAAACAUGCAGUUUAUGGUCUUUAGAUAAACAUGCUGGAAACAUGGUGCAGAACAUCUGGGGCCAGUACCGUGAAGCCGGUUUAGCUGGCUAGCCAGACGCUUGAGGACAUUGAGAAGAUGAAUGAUGGACGUUAUCUGGACUGUGCUGAAGCUUCACAGUGUUUCAUGAUGGAGCAACAGACCACAGAGAGACUUUCAGAGUGUGUGAAGCUGAAUCUGGUUGUGUGUGGGAGUGACGGCUCAUUAAAAUCCUCCGUAUCAGAGCAGAUCCUGCAGCAGACAGACAGAAGAUCAGACGUGGAGCUUCAUGAUCGUCUGAUUAAUCUGCUGGAGCUUCCAGCUCUGACUGGUCUCUCGGAGGAGGAAGUGAUGCGUCAGACUCUCCGCUGUGUGUCUCUCUGUGAUCCUGGAGUUCAUGCUUUCCUCCUCAUUAUUCCUGACGCUCUGCUCAAUAAUGAAGACAAAGCAGAAAUACAGGAGAUCCAGAGGAUCUUCAGCUCAAGAAUCAACAAACACAUCAUGAUCCUCAUAAAGCAGAGUUCAGAGCGUCAGACAGAAGAACUCAGUGAAGAAACACAGUCUGUCAUUCAGAGGUUUGGAGGACGACAUCAGUUCUUUGGUCUCAAAACACAAGUGUCCACAUUGAUGGAGAACAUCGAGCAGAUGCUGGAAGAAAACAGAGGAGAGUGUUUCUCCACAGAGAUGUUUCUGCAGGCGCAGGUGAAGAAACUGAUGAAAUAUGAAGAGAUGAAGAAGAAAGUUCAUUCACUAGAGACACAUUUACUGUCACAAGGUUCAUCAGAGAAUGAAGAUGAUCUGAGGAUUGUGCUGCUGGGAAAAACUGGAGCUGGGAAAAGUGCAACUGGAAACACAAUCUUAGGAAGAGAAGCGUUUACAGCAGAAGAAUGUUUUGAAUCAGUGACUAAAGAGAGUCAGAGAGAAACAUCUGAAAUCAACAGCAGACGUGUUACUGUGAUCGACACUCCAGGACUGUUUGAUACUAAACUCAGUAACGAGGAGAUCCAGAGAGAAAUAACUAACUGCAUCCACAUGAUCCUGCCUGGACCACAUGUGUUUCUCUUACUGAUUCCUCUGGGACGAUUCACUCAAGAAGAGGAAACAGCAGUGAAGAUCAUCCAAGAGACGUUUGGUGAAAACUCAUUAAUGUACACCAUGGUGCUCUUCACCAGAGGAGAUGACCUGAAGAAGAAAACCAUCGAUCAGUGUUUGGGAAAACCUGGAUCUCCUCUGAUGAAUCUGAUUGAAGCGUGUGGAAACAGAUAUCAUGUGUUCAAUAAUAAUCAGACUGAAGACCGAACACAGGUGACUGAUCUACUGCAGAAGAUAGACAUCAUGCUGAAAGAAAACGGAGGGAGUUACUACUCGUGUAAGAUGUUCAGACAGAUGGAGAGAGAAAAACAAGAACAACAGAUGAAGAUCCUGAUGGACAGAGUCAGAGAAAGAGAUGAAGAACUCAGAGAAAGAGAAGAACGAUAUAAAAGAGAAAUGAAGGAACAGGAGGAGCACAUGAGAGACGACAUGAAAAGAGAAAGAGAGAUGCUUAAAGAUGAAAUGAUGCAAGAAAAGGAGACUGUAAAGAAAGAAAAAGAAAAUCUACAGAUAGAAAUAGACAGACUGAUGAACAGAAUAGAGAAUGAAAGACAGAAUCAUGACCAUGAGAGAAAGAGAAGAGAAGAAGUGUUUAAUGAGAGAGAAGAGGGUUAUAAAUCACUAAUGAAAGAGAAAGAGGAGAAAGAGAGAGAAAUGCAAAAUAAGAUGAAGAGAGAAAGAGAGAAAUGGGCGAAACAGAAACAAGAGGAAAAGAUGAAAAGAGAAGAAGAGGAUGAGAAAAGAAGAGAGAAAGAACAGAGAGAUUAUGAUGAAUUUAAUAAGAGACUGAAACAAGAGAGAGAACGAAUGGAAAGAGAGAAAAAAGUUCUUCAAUCUAAACAUGAAGAAGAAGAAAACAAGAAGAAGAUCCUGAUGGAGAAACUGAACAGAGAAAGAGAAGAACUGAUGAAGAAACAUGAAGAAGAGAAAGAGAGAAUAAGAGGAAUAUAUGGAUUUUAUGGAUUUUUGGCAGUGUGUUUCGGGCUCAUUUGUGUUUUUCUGCUGGUCUUCAUCAUACUGCAGAACUAUCAAUUCACCAAAAGCCUAGGUAUGGCAAACUCUGAUGACACCAUCAAAUCUUAUGUAGCAGUCCCACGUUUUCUUUCAUUCCUGACCCUAUACAUGCUGCUGCAGUCCUCAAAUCACAAGCACAUCUACAUGUAUUGAAGCCAUUGGAAAUGCAUGAAAUCAAAAUGCUUGCAAUGGUAUAGCAAUAGCAGAGAGAAACAACACAAGUGUGUCUUUGAUGCAUCCUAAGAUGAAUGAGCUCUAACUUUUUCCAGCACUUCAAAGCUCAAACGUCUGAUUAUUUUUCAAUUUAAAUGUGAUGACCAUCAACAUUUGUUUUUCUUUUAAAGAUUCUCCUCAUUUGUAAAACGAAAACUUUCACAAUGUACAAAAACGUACACUUUUUAUUUUGACAUUUAAAAACACGCUGAAUUACCAUUACAACCAGUAGAUAGUGCAGAGCAGCACUCAUUAGACAUUUGCUCUGCCUAAAAUAGUUUUCAAUAGUAUUCCUAAAAUAGUGCUGUCUAUCCCUCGAGUUGUUUGGAACUAUUGAGAGCUUCAUGAACCACGUGAGCGCACAGCGGGGAGAUCAAAGUAUGUCACAUCUCUGAUUUUCAGCGGCUCUGCUAUGAUCGUAUCAAAUGUAGAAAUAUCAAGAGGUAUAUUACUAACAUAUUGGCUGUUUAUUAGUACUUAUAAAGUUCAUAUAAAUGCCUUUUUCUACAUGAUCAUAUUUUAGAUCCGUUAAUCCGACCCAAUACCUAAACUUAACAACUACCUUACUAUUAAU